AACAGGAAUGUGGAGGUGGCACUGGAGAGCUGGCGGAGGAAGGACGCGUCCACGUACUGGAAGAACGGGACGCUGGAGAGAAGCCUUGCACACUCCUCCAUGGAGACGUCUUGCCGCACCGUGACCGGCAUGUCGUGCAUCAGGUCCUGGCCCCCCGGUACCGUCUCUCCCCUGGUGGGGGGGGGGAGGGUUAAACCUCACACUCAGAUCAUCAAUUACGUCGCAGUUGGUGUGCUGCAGUAAGCUUGGCGGACUCAGAAAAAAACGAGAUUCAACCCUGCAGGUAGUCUGCAGUGUACAGACUCGCGCACAAAUCACCUGAACUGCUGCCAAAGUAGAGUGAAGUAGUGAUCCACCCUCUGGAGGAGACCUUUCCCCAACUUGUUCUCAAACAUGAACUGGUGGACCACCUCCAUCUUCUCCUCAAACGAUAUCCUAGCGAACACACACAACAUCAGUCACUUGUCUCCACAGUUUGAAGUACUCAACUACUGGAUAAUCAGUAUAAGUGUGAUAGUUCUACUAGCUAGGCCACAAACCUCACUGUAAUUCAAUGUUGAAAAGCCAGUGCAACAGCUGUUAAAUUGGCAGUUUG